CACACCUUAUUACAUGUUUAUUCCAAUAAUAAAUAAAAAAUUAUUACCUCAACAAAUAAAUAAAUUCACUAUAUAGUGAUUUUAAUUUAAUAAUAAAUAAUUUAAAUUACUAACCCUAACUAAUUUAGUUAUUUAUCUUCUUCCUCCACCGAGGUGCGGUGGUUAUGGCGGUUUCAGAAGAAGAAUCAUCGUCGGCGAAUCGGAACAGAUCACUGGGCAGUGGCGGUGGUGCUCAUUAUCUAGCUAAAUGUGUUCUUAAAGGAAGCGCUGUUCUUCAUGUCCUUUACGCUCACUUCCGAUCGCCUUCCUCUUACGACAUCGUUUUCGGCAAGGAAACAUCGAUAGAGUUGGUAAUGAUCGAUGAUUAUGGAGUACUGCAGUCUAUAUGUGAGCAAUCGGUAUUUGGAACUAUUAAAGAUAUUGCUAUCCUUCCAUGGAAUAAGAGGGCGCAUGCUGCAACCCCUCAGGUACAAGGAAAUGAUCUUUUGCUUGUUACUUCAGAUUCUGGAAAGCUCUCGGUUCUUGCAUUUUCGAAUGAAAUGCACAGAUUCUUCCCUUUGACUUAUGUUCAACUAUCUAGCUCACCUGGAAACCUCAGGCAUUAUAUUGGUAGAAUGCUGGCUGUUGAUUCAAAUGGCUGUUUCAUCGCUAGUAGUGCUUAUGAGGACCAUCUGGCUCUAUUUUCAGUUUCUAGUUCCGUAGGUGCUGAUAUUAUUGACAAGAAAAUAUUUUGCCCUUCUGAUAUUGAAAAUAAUACAAGUACAAAUACUGGACUUACUAGUAUCCAUGGUACUAUAUGGAGCAUGUGCUUUAUCUCGAAGGAUAUGAGUCAGCCAUGUAAGGAGCAAAACCCUGUGUUAGCCAUUCUUCUAAAUAGAAAGGGAUCACUCCUUAACGAGCUUUUGUUACUAGAGUGGAACACUAGGGACAAUUUUAUCCAUGUACUUUCCCAAUAUGCUGAGCUUGGACCACUAGCACAUGAUAUAGCUGAAGUUCCCAAUUCUUAUGGAUUCGCAUUUCUCUUUAGGGUUAGUGACGCUCUUCUAAUGGAUCUUAGGGAUGCCCACAACCCUUUAUGUGUAUAUAGAACAAGCCUUAAUGUUUUGCCCUCGGUGGUAGAUUACCAUAACUUCAUUGAUGAAUCAUACCGAGCGAAUGAUGUUUACGAAGAAGGUAAUAUCUGCAAUGUGGCUGCAUCUGCUCUUUUGGAGCUUAAAGACAUAAUUAAGGAUGACGAUCCUAUGAGUAUAGAUGAUGAUAAUGGUUAUUCAUCAAAAUCAACAUCCACCCGUGUGUGCUCAUGGUGUUGGGAACCGGGGAAGGUUGAAAACCCGAGAAUGAUCUUUUGUGUGGAUACCGGGGAGCUUUUUAUGAUUGAAAUUUUUUACGAUUCCACUGGUCUAAAGGUCAACCUGUCUGAUUGUCUCUAUAAAGGUUUACCAUUGAAAGAGCUUUUAUGGGCUGAAAAUGGAUUUUUGACUGCACUCUCUGAUAUGGGUGAUGGGGUGGUAUUAAAAAUUGAAGAUGGAAAGCUACAAUACAAGAGCCCGGUCCAAAAUAUUUCACCAAUCUUGGAUAUGUCACUCGUGGAUUUCCAUGAUGAAAAACAUGAUCAAAUGUUUGCUUGUUGUGGGAUGGCUCCUGAAGGGUCACUACGGGUUAUUCGAAAUGGUAUCAGUUUAGAGAAGUUAUUAAAAACGGCCCCUGUUUAUCAAGGGGUCACGGGUACCUGGGCUGUUAAAAUGAAAUUAGUGGAUUGUUACCAUUCUUUUCUCGUGCUAUCGUUUGUAGAAGAAACACGGGUGCUUUCAGUUGGUGUAAGCUUCACCGAUGUAACUGAUUCAGUUGGAUACCGACCUGAUGUGUGCACUUUGGCGUGCGGUGUUAUUGAUGAUGGGGUGCUGGCUCAGAUCCACCAGACUGCCGUGUGUGUUGCUUUACCCACGGUUGCAGCUCACCCAGAUGGUAUCCCCUUCACGUCUCCAAAUUGCACAUCUUGGUCUCCCGAUAAUAUGACUUUUAGUCUCGGGGCUGUAGGACCUAAGUUUAUAGUUGUGGCGACCUCAAAUCCGUGCUAUUUAUUUGUUCUUGGUGUGAAACGCGUGGCAGAUUAUCAAUGUAAAGUUUAUCAGAUACAUAAGGUUGGAUUGGAGUAUGAGUUGUCGUGCAUUUCCAUUCCCCAAAAACCUGUUGUAGGAGACGCAUUGAAGUCUAAUAAGAUUGAUCUUACCAAUGGGGUUGAAAUUGGAAACACAUUUGUUGUUGGGACCCAUAGGCCUUCGGUGGAGGUGCUAUCUUUUUCACCUGAUGAAGGCAUAAGAUCUCUUGCAAUUGGAGCCAUUUCAUUUACAAAUGGUAUUGGAACAGAAGUUAGUGGUGCGGUACCUCAAGAUGUAAGGCUUGUAAAAGUUGACCGACUUUAUAUCAUUUCAGGGUUGAGGAACGGUAUGCUACUCAGAUUCGAGUGGCCAAGUUCAUCGUUAGAAUCUUUAAAAUCAUUACCAUAUGUAAGAUCUGUUAAGUCAUUAACAUUGACCUCACCGGAUAGCACCUCAUCUAUGUAUACGUCUGUUGUUUCUGAGAUGACAAAAGGCAACCACCCAGUUAGUCUUCAGGUUAUUUCAAUUCGUCGAAUUGGUAUCACACCGGCCUUUUUAGUUCCACUCAAUGAUCUCCCGGAUGCUGAUAUAAUUGCUUUAAGUGAUCGGCCUUGGCUAUUACAUACUGCAAGGCACAGUCUCUCAUACACUUCUAUUUCUUUCCAAGCAUCCACACAUGCAACUCCUGUUUGUUCGAGCGAAUGUCCCAAUGGAAUUUUGUUUGUCUCUGAAAAUAGUCUCCAUCUGGUGGAGAUGGUGCACAGCAAGAGGCUGAAUGUCCAGAAGUUCCACCUUGGAGGCACGCCACGAAAGGUUCUAUUUCAUACUGAAAGCAGAUUGUUGCUGGUUUUGAGGACGGAUCUGAGUGAUGACACGUGUUCAUCAGAUAUUUGUUGUGUAGACCCCCUGAGUGGUUCUAUCUUAUCGUCGUUUAAGUUUGAUCCUGGGGAAACAGGGAAGUGUAUGGAGUUAUUAAGGGCGGGAAGUGAACAAGUAUUGGUGGUAGGUACUAGUCUUUCUGCUGGUCCUGCUAUUAUGCCCAGUGGUGAAGCUGAAAGCACAAGAGGCAGAUUAUUAGUCCUUCGUCUCGAGCACAAACAAAACUCGGAUAGUGGUUCAAUGACGUUCUAUUCAAAAGCCGGCUCGUCAUCUCAACGAACUUCACCUUUUCGUGAAAUUAGUGGCUAUGGAGCAGAGCAACUCUCAAGCAGUAGUCUUUGCAGCAGCCCGGAUGAUAAUAGUUAUGAUGGGAUUAAGCUUGACGAAACUGAAGCAUGGAACUUAAGAUUAGAGUAUUCAACCAAUAUGCGUGGGAUAGUACUUGCUGUCUGUCCAUAUCUUGACUGCUAUUUCUUGGCCUCUGCUGGAAGUUCUUUUUACGUCUGCAGUUUCCAGAAUGAUAGGGUCAAAAGAUUGGCUGUUGGAAGGACACGAUAUAUGAUCAUGACUUUGACCACUCACUUUACUACUAUUGCUGUUGGUGAUUGUCGUGAUGGUAUUCUUUUCUACGCAUAUUAUGAGGAUCUUAAGAAGGUGGACCAACUAUACAGUGACCCUGUCCAGAGGUUGGUUGCGGAUUGCCUUCUUAUGAAUAUUGAUACAGCUGUAGUGUCGGAUCGUAAGGGGAGCAUUGCAAUUUUGUCCAGUUCGCAUCACUCAAGCGACAAUGCAAGUCCAGAAUGUAAUCUGAAGAUUUGUUCAUCCUUCUAUAUGGGUGAGGUUGCAAUAAGUAUCAGAAAGGGUUCAUUUUCUUACAAAGUUCUGGCUGAUGAUGAAAUGAGGGAAUGCGACAUUGCUAGUUCAAUUUUGGAUUUAUCACACAGUAGUAUUGUGGCAAGCACAUUGUUAGGAAGCAUAAUAAUCUUUCUUCCUAUAUCAAGGGAUGAGUAUGAGCUUUUGGAAGAGGUACAAUGUAGGAUGGCAGUUCAUCCGUUGACGGCUCCUAUUCUUGGGAAUGAUCAUAACGAAUUCCGCAGUCGUCAAAGUUCGGCAGGUGUGACAAAGAUUCUCGACGGCGAUAUGCUAGCUCAGUUUUUGGAGCUUACUAACACCCAACAGGAAGAUAUACUUGCUCAACCCCGAGCCCCUCAUAAGAACAUCAUUUCGAGUAGCUCAAAGCCACCACUCUUAUAUAUUAACGUUAAUAAGGUUGUGCGACUUCUUGAACGCAUUCACUAUGCUCUAAACUGAAACCCCCUGGGCCUUAUCAUCUUAAUUACCUUCCAAACGAUUGUGGUUCUGGCAGAACCUCUAAGAGUGUUUUUUUCCCACUGAACCCGUGAUGUAGCAACCAUCCACUUUGGCAACAGAGUGAACCCUUGAUGGAACUCUUGUGGUUUCUGGUGCUCAUAAGUACCUGAUAGAACCCCAAGUCAAAUAAGCUGACGUGGCAUUGGAUCUUUGAUCAAACAGAACAACCUUUAUAUACGUGUAGAUAAAUUUGGCAUUUAAUGCCUCUUUUCCUGGUUUACCUUUUCUUUUUUCUUAAAUUUCAAUUGUAUACAAGCAUUGUGUUGACGACACUUUUAUGGUUCAGCUUUUGUUGUAUAGAAUGAGAGCUAGAAAGUAGAAAGUAUAUACUUGUAGUAAUAUGUAAGUUUAUUGGCGUCACCUUUUAUUUUUGAGGCCAAGUAUACUUGUCUCCUGGAGACGAGACUGUAAAUACAGUGUAGGAUUCAAUCUUGAAGCGGUGUAUCUUCCAUCUGCAAUUUAGGGUGAUUUUCA